UAGAUGGCGGUCAAGAGAUAAUGUGGCAGCGAAAGAAACACCAACGAAGAAGAAGUUAAACUCGGCCACAGCAGCACUGUGAAGAAUCUGAAGUAAACAUUUAAUAAUCAUGGAUAAGAAGAAGAAACCCUUUGCGGUGACGGCUUCAUCGCUAGUGGACCUUAAAGCUGAACUCUACAGGAAACAGGAGCAGUUUAAACAGCAGAAACUUGGGCAAGAAACUACUGGUGCUGCAUUUAAAACAAAAUCCACAGUUAAGAAACCAAAUAUCUGGAGUAAACAAAAUGCUGGUGUUUCAGCAAGAGCUGAGAAAGAUGCAGAGCAGCUGGCUGAAGAGCAGAACAGCCUGGAUACAUCCAGGCGUAAGUUGGAGGAGAAGGCCAGACUUUAUGAACAGAUGACAAAAGGAGACUUUCCAGAUGAAGAGACGGAGGGACUGUUUCUUGUGGAUUUCACCCAGAAGAUUAUUGACAAAAAGAAAGAGACGUUUGCACAAAGGGAGAUGGAGAGAGAUGAUGAGGAAAGAGGUAGCUCGUCACCAAUCCCGCCUCCUCAAAACCCCGAUGAGGAAUGGGUGGACUUUGUGGAUGCUUUAGGACGAUCUCGAAGAUGCAUGAAGAAAGACCUACCAGAUUUUAAGAAAAUGGACCAAGACUUUAAAGGAAAAGGAUCUGACAAGGACCUACUCUCAGAGGACAUGCGUCGAGAGCUGCAGAGGCAAGAGUGGGAGAGAGAGGAGGAGGAAGCUAUGAAGAAACCCGUUGGCCCAAUCCAUUAUGAGGAUAUCAGAGGACAAGAGGCUCGGGAGCUUGGUGUCGGCUACUAUGCUUUCUCUCAGGAUCAGGAUCAGCGCAAGAAGCAAAGAGAAACCCUGGAUAUGCUCAGAGACCAGACAACAGAUCAACGCACUAAGAGGGAACGACUGAAGGAGAAGAGACAAGCCAUCCUGCAGGCUCGACUGGCCAAGGUGAGGCAGAGGAAGAUGAAGAAGGCCAAGCUGGAUGGCACAGAGGAAGAGGAGAGAGAAGAGGAGGAGAAUGAAGCAAUGGAGGAGGAAGAUGAAACAUUAGGGCCUCUGCCAGAGGAGUCUCCAGAGGUCAGCACUCUGAAGAAGGUGGUCGUGGAGAUCCAGGAGAGGAAGGACACUAAACCAGGUGUUCCCCAUGUCAGAGAAUGGGACAGGGGCAAAGAGUUCAUGUUUAGCGAGUGGAAAACUCGCCGUCGGGACGAGCGAGAUUCAGAAUUUGCUCCUCCCUCUGCGUACUUUUCUGAAGAGAAGAGACCAAAACCAAAGACUAAAAUUCAGGAGAAAACAUCCAGCAUGUCCUUUAAGUGGAUGUCGGGCCCAGGAGGAAUUUCAGAGAGCAAAGCAGAACCAGAACCUCAGCCUAAAACCGCUUCUUCACCUCCUCAACCUCAAAGUCCUCCGACGUCUUCACAGCCAAAACCCUCAGACAGCCCAUCACUUUCAACACCCCCCUUCCACCCACAGUAUCCCCCUCCUAUGUUUUAUCCUCCAUUCCAACCUCCUCAGUUUGCAGGUCCACCUCACCAUUUUCCUCCAUUUCCCCCUCAGUACCCAAACCAGUAUCCUCCCCAGUAUCCUCCCCAGUAUCCUCCCCAGCAUCCACCUCAGCAUCCACCUCAGCAUCUACCUCAGCAUCCACCUCAGCAUCCACCUCCACCUGCAGACCAGAACCAGCAGCCCCCCCAGGACCCUCAGAAUCUGGACGACAUGCUGUCCUUCUACAGGAACACAACCUGAUCUGUCAAAUACUGUGUUUGCUGUGUAAUUAGCUCUUUUUGGGAGCAUAAAGGCUGCUGUUUCCCCCCCCCGUUUUUUUUUUUUUGAAAACAACAGAACCUAAUGUCUUUGCUCUUUGAGAUAAACCUUAAAUCAAGAUUAGAGGUUGAAUUGGAGAUCACUGUUACUUCUUCUUUUUGUUUAAGUAUUAAGAGGUUGUUUCAGCUAUUACAUGACACAAAAACUUGUGUAAUGUUGGUAAGGUGUGGAAGGUUGUUGAAGUCUGAAUAUGGACUUGUAGUAAUCAAAUCUCCACCAGGUGGCACUACACGCCUUCUCCGUUAAAAUCUCUACAAAUGGCAAGCCUGGUUGUGCACUGCAGUGAUUUAUCUUAACUGUUUAUCCUAGAGCUGCAUUUUGUCUAAUUAUUGGCGAGUAUACAAAUUAAUUUCCCCCUUAAAGAUAUGGCUGAACAAUGUACUAAAAAAAGACUGAUUAUUUGUGACAGCUACUGCAUUUACAAUACAAGUCAUGAUUUUAGUGGGAAUGGUUAUUUUGGUAUUUCUUUUACACUGAAAUAAACAGAUGUGUGUUUUUUGCUGUCUGUUCCAAACAAGCAUGUCUCCUUAUGUCUGAAGAAUAUGACCUAUAGGUCUCUCUAGCACCUUCAUGCUUCAUUUAUAGUGGUGUUUGUUUGCACAUAUUUACCUUCAUGAAGAAAUUGCAGCCCCAGCUCAAUAAAUCCCUCAGACUCA